GAGCAGAGAGCUGCUAGCUGUAUCUCAAAUAAUUGCAAACCAAUGCAAGGAAAAUAAAAAUUUGCAACCACGCGGACACGAGCUUAGCUAGACCGUAGUUUGCCUUGUCCGUAUUUACAGGAAUAUUCGAAUCUUGCUAGUACUAUAACUAUGUAAUAAAUGACACUCAUACUGAACAAAGCCGGUAAAUUCAGAGCCGAGAAAACCUUUUCAGACGUGAACAUUUUUGACAGAUUCGGUUCGUACUCUCAUUUUACGAGUGUAAAUAUCAGCAGCUAGCUGUUGGCCCAUCUCGACAAUGAACGGGGAAUCAGUGUCCGAGCCAGAUCAGCACAUUGUGGAAGAAAUUAUCCAGAAGUUACGCCGUGACAUCAACUGCCUGGCUGAGAAUGAUCGCACGGCUAAGCGUCGUGCUCUGGAAAAGCUGAGCAAGGAGACAGUAGGCAAAGCAGCACGUGGGGAAAUUUCACCAGCGGUGGUAUGUGCAGUGUACGAAGAGGCCCUACUAAAGCCGGUGCUGCGGAUCUUGUCUGACUCCGUGGAAAGAUGCCGGUGUCUGGCAGUCGAUAUCAUCGACAAGUUUCUUGACAUUGUGCUAUACUCGUCACUGAAGCGAACACUACCCUACAUCAUUCCUUCUCUGGUGGAUCGGCUUGGCGUGCCACAACAGCAGCAGGUAACCGAGCCAUCGGAAGAGCUACGGUUAACCAUGGUCGAAGUGCUGAUGAAGCUCAUCACAGUGGCAGAUGAGAGGAGUAGGUUGGACUGCAGCACGACAAAUGGACCUGCUGAGCAUGCACAUUUGCUAUCGGCCUACAUGGAUGACCUAACUAAUAUCCUUGUGCGGGCGCUGGUGGACCCUUUCCACGAUGUCAAGAAGGUUAGCUGUCAGUGUGUGCAGCGAUUAGCAGCGGCAAUACCGCGCCAGUUCAACAUGCAGGCCGAGUCAUUCAUCAAGCCUCUCACACAAUGCCUUGCACACCAACACUCCAAAGUGCGCGUCGAGGCUCUGCAUGCAAUGUGCACCACAAUUCUCCACGGCCCUGUGAAGUGUAUUGAAGAUUCCCUGUCUCCUUUCGGUCAGAAGGCAUUUGAUCAGACGCCAGCAGUGCGGAUAGCCCUAUUGGAAUGUGUUGCACGGAUACUGCGAGAGUAUGUUGACAGAUAUUCAUUUCAUCAUCGAUUACUACCACUACUGGUCAGUGGCCUCACGGACGAAGUCGAUGAGAUCAAGCAAAGAGCGCAGCAACUCUAUCUACAGGUUGGAGCUCAGUUCUUGGACGAAAAUGAGCAAGACAUGAAAGAUGAGACAGACUUUGGCGGUCAGCAGUAUCAAGGCAAGACAGAGUUACAGCGCAGCGUGGGCUGCUGUUCUCUCAUACAGCGUAACCUGUCCAAGAUCAUACCACCACUGCUGCGCGACAUGCAAGACUGGACGGUCACGACGCGUCUCAAGUCCAUCUCAGUGCUGUGUCACAUGCUAGGCCUGGCUGGUGUGCAGAGUACACAGCAGCUACCCAACAUUCUCACUGGCCUCUACAGUGCUGGUGCUGAUGAAGAGGAGAUUGUCAGAAGAAAGGCGUAUGAGUGUGCCGAGCAGCUUGGCUUUUGUAUAGAGCUGGAUAUGCUCAGUGAUCUAGUGCUAGCUGCUGUCUGUACAUCAUGCGGGGGGAAGUCUAAACUCUCUGCCACGGUGGUUGUUUCAUCAUCACAUGCUGUCAGCUCACUGACCAUACUGGCACAUUGCUUACGCGCGUACAAUGCGGAUGGUCGACCCAGGGAUGCCGCUCAGGGUCAGCUCAAGAAAACUGUGGCAAUGCUGUCCCGGGACGAGGUCUGCCACAGCAACGAGGAGAGCCGUCAGCACAGUAUUCUGCUCGUCAUGGAUGAGGUGUUUGCGCUGGUGACGGUGCAGACACUGCAGGAGAUCUCGCUCGGCGCUUUCUCGCUCCUGGUCAAAGUGCUUACCGUAGCCGCAAGCCAAGCCGUCCAGCAGCACGUUCAUCAGCUAAUUACUUCUCAAGCUUGUCUUCUGUCGCUGUCAUCAAGUGUUGAUCUAUACAGUCAACACCUUCCUCCUAUUCUGUCUAAACUACAGGAUGCCGCCAGUGUGACGUCGUCCAGUGUGGUGAACAUGGCCAGCCUCACACCUAUCCUCCAAGGUGCAGGCAGUGCUGUGGCCAGUCACCUGGAUGCCAUCAUGCCGCUGCUACAGAGAGCUGCAGAGACCAGUGUGGACUCAGCAAGCCGACUUGAUCUUUUUGAGAUGCUGGCGGGUCUUCUGGAGAGAGCCGACGAAACGUUUGAUGCACUGCAAACAUUUGGAGCAUGCAUCGAGGAGAUGAUCAAGACUAUCUAUUUGCCCAACUUGAUCUGGAAACCAGGAAGAGCUCUGGCAGCAUUACGAGCAGCGGUGAUGGGUAGUCUUCUGGUGCUGCUGCAUUGUCGCUGUCUGCAGCAGUCACAUAUCAUCAGCAUUGCCGAUGAUCUACAGCCAGCGGUCUUCUCCGGCAUGGAUGGUGAGACAAUACCCGGUCGUCUUCUGUCAGUGCGUGUACUACAGCGUAUGCUACAGAUUGGCUCCACAGCUCUGGAUGUGGAGUUUUUGCACCGUUUGUACCCGGAGAUGCUGAAACGGCUGGAUGACAGUGACAAUGAGAUUCGACUGUGCUGCUUGCACACAUGGAUGGUCUACUUCAGCUGCUUCCCUGGUGAUUAUGACUCGGCGUUCUAUGGAGCUCAUGUUGAUGUCAUUUUCAAGGGCCUGCUCAUCCACUUAGACGAUAGCUCCAACCAAGUGCAGGAAGCUGCACUGGAUGUACUGAAGCUGGGUAGUCGACUGGACACUAGUAAACUACAGGCCAUGCUACAGGAGGUAUCAUCUAGACAUCGCAGUCCGGUAUACUGCACUCAGCUAGCAGCGCACAUGGCAGCAGCAGCAGGGGCAGCUACGAUGAACGACCACUGACAGGUGAAGCCUGUUGGGUUGCGUUUGGAUCCACGUGCAGAUCCCGGCACGAUAAACAAGUAGUCUGACAACAAGAGCACGGGGAAAGCACAGCUGCACGUCCACUAGUCGUGUGAAACAGCAUCACAUGACCUCAUCCACCCAUGAAACCUAGCAAUGUCCAUGAAAUACGGUGGCAAUAUUAUUAGACGGGUCUGCAUGGACAAGCAUGUGACAUAUCUUCCACAUAAUUGGUCAUAAAACUCAUGACACCAUUGGAAACAGAACUUUUCUACGUUCCAACCUGAAUAUACAUGAACAGUUUUUAACUUGUAUGGCCACUUGUACCACCAUUGAGCAGCAACGAACGUCCCAGUGCGUGCUCUUUUUCUUUCACUUCAAGAAGUGAAUAUUAUAAUAUAUUCUAAGAUUACACUGUAAAUCCAGAAUAUUUCAUAUGCAUUUUAAUUUUGUAUGCCGUAUGCUGGCGUUUCGUGUGAAAUUCAAAUGCUUAUGAAAUUAUCAGUAUCACUCGUA